AUGCAGCGCCAGUCUCGCAACCAAGCCGCCGACUCCCAGCAUAUGUACUAUCGGACCGUCAUCCCAGAUACAGCUACCACACUCGGCAAGUCACUCGAUGGUGUUCACCGUGUCGUCUACAACUGUCCCUACGGGGUCCCGCUGUGCCUGCUCACCGACCCCACGAAGGGCGCGGAAGUAAUGGACAGAAUCUACGGACCACGACCGGAGCGACCCAGCCUGACGCCGAACGGCGUGUUGAAUUACAACCUCUAUAUUUCAUGGCCUGGGCUGUGGGCCGGCGGGUACACCUAUCAGUUCUUUGGCUGCGAGAUCAAGUUCGCGUUUGAGGUGCCCGCGUCCGGGCCGCCGGACGUGCUGAAGGACUGGGAGAAGAGUGACGUCGCGGCUCUCGCGUCCUCGUCCACCGCUCCUUUCUUCUCCCUUGCCAUGCAGCCAUCAUCUUCUUCCCUCACCAAGCAGAUCCCACCAUCCUAUUAUCGCUCACAGAAAUGGGCGCGUGCUGCUCUCGCCGCCGUCACUCUCGUGUCCCUCGCGACGCGCAUGACCGUCAACCGCUCCUAG